AUGAAGCUGGCAGGGGGGAGAAACCGAAUAAUUCUCGUGUUUUACAGUGAAGAAAAUGUGUGGAAACUCUGUGACUACAUCAGGAGUCGGGAUCAAUACCCUCUAGAGGAAUUCUAUGCCGUUUUCAUAUCCAAUGACAGGAGGAUGAUUCCACUCUGGAAGCAGAAAUCAGGACGUGGAGAUGAGCCUGUUGUCUGGGACUACCAUGUUAUUCUACUUCAUGUUUCCAGUGGGGAGGAGAACUUCAUUUAUGAUCUUGACACAGUGUUGCCAUUUCCAUGUCCUUUUGACCUGUACAGUGUGGAGGCCUUUAGGUUGGAUGCCAGCCUUCGUCCAGAAUUUCACAGGAAAAUCAGAAUGAUUCGAGCAGAUUUGUACUUGAAGACGUUUGCUUCAGACAGAUCUCAUAUGAAAGAUGCAAAUGGGAAAUGGCAGAAACCUCCUCCUUCAUACCCUUGCAUUGAAACUGCAGACUCCAAGAUGAACUUGGAUGAUUUCAUCAGUAUGAAUCCCAAAGUGGGAUGGGGCUCAGUGUUCUCCCUUUUGGACUUUGUGCAUCGAUUUGGCAGACGGACUGAAUACAGCUAUUCCUUGGAAGGACAGUGA